AUACUUUAGUUAGUCCUUGGAAAUACUUUAAAUAUCGAGAGAAUGAAAAAAGGUUAGAAUAGUUAAUGAAAGAAAGAAUAUUUAAUCAUUAUAUAGUUCCUCUGAUAUAUCCAAGCCAAUGAAAUACACGUAGAGGAAUACUUUAGUUAGUCCUUGGAAAUACUUUAAAUAUCGAGAGAAUGAAACAAAAAUAGUAUAGUUAAUUAAAGAAAGGAUACUUAAUCAUUAUAAUUAAUCUGCAAUAUCCAAUCCAAUGAAAUACACGUAGAGGAAUACUUUAGUUAGUCCUUGGAAGUACUUUAAAUAUCGAAAGAAUGAAACAAAAAUAGUAUAGUUAAUGAAAGAAAAGAUACUUAAUCAUUAUAAUUCCUCUGAUUUAUCCAAGCCAAUGAAAUACACGUAGAGGAAUACUUUAGUUGAUCCUUGGAAGUAUAUAAUUUAAAUAUCGAAAAAAAUAAAAUAAAAAGUUAGAAUAGUUAGUGAAUGGGAAAAUACUUAACACUUGGAAUUACUUUAGUGUGAGAUAAAUACACACACAAGAAAAUGCAUGUUCAAAAGAAUGAAAGCCAUAUUUUUAGACAUUCAUCAGAAAUAGUUAGAGACAAUAUUGAUUUGUUUUAAGUGGAAGCCAGGGCCAUUUAAUCAAUAUACUGCAAUAAUACGAACUAAAUUGAUCAAAUGCGUUAUACUGACUGAAAAACGCAAUAAAUUAACAGUGCCAUGAAAAAAAAGUGAAUAUUCAAAAGUGUUAUGCACCCAAAAUCAGUAUGAAGUGAAAACAUGUUAUUAGGCAAAGUCGAAUCCAAGGCCACCAGGCGAACGAUUCAGUGGGCGGGAGUGUCAACAUUGCAAGGAACGGAGGGGGAAGAUGGAUGCCUUAGCUCUGACCUGCGACCUGUGGAGCCAAGAUGUGGACCCGGAGGACUGACCUGGCUGGGAAAAUGUGAAGGGCAGUGAAGGGUCUCGUGUGGCGGAGGCGGCGGUAAUGGCUGGUGUGCGAGCCUGCGGGGAUCUCUGCGCAUCCUCCCCCACGCAUGGCCACGCCCGUCUGUCUGUGAAAUGUCUGGGCGUGUGUGUUCGUCGUGGCCUGCGUGGUGGUGGUGGUGGUGGCGGGCGUGGUGGUGGUAUGGAGUGGUGGUGGUGGUGGUGGUGGUGUUGGCUGAGGAUGUCCCCACCACCACCACCACCACUGACAUAACACCUCCUGACGAUCUCAUUGUUAUCAUUCUUCAUGGCUUCAGGGGUGACUCUCAGAAACAGCUGCUUGAGGGUGACGACUUCCCAGGGUUCGCGAGACUCCGGGCAGACGGUGUGGUGGCCCGCUACCUGCCCCCCCUCCCCCCGCCCCCCUCAGACGCUGCCCCCCACCAUCACCCCCACCUGCCCCCCGGAGCCCCCUUACUGGCAGGGUUAUAUAUGGAAAAGACAAACAGGAGUGAGAAUAUAACAAACUCUACCUUAAAGUCACUCUCUAUGGACGUACCAAGGAAGAAAACGAGACUGUCAUGGUGGACUAAGGUGGAGCCACUCUGGGUCACGGCGGCUCUUCACAACCUUACUUCGGCUCUCUUUAAUUAUUACAGGUGUGAGCCCCCGUGGGUAUCCAGGGGGGUGUACUGCGUGCCCGCGCCCCCCGCCCCCCCGCCCGGCCCACGCAGCCUCACCCCCCACCUGCACCACGCCCUCGAUCUGCUGGACGGCGGCGGCUACACGCUGGCCCUGGUCUGGGCUGGCGGCGGCGGCGGCAGAAGAGUCGGUAUUGGCGGCGGUGGAGGUGGAAGAGGAGGUGGAGGUGUGAUGGGUCUGCUGGUGGGAGAGGAGGAGGAGGAUGAGGAGGAGAAGGAGUCUGCGUGGUGGAGGGCCGUGGAUGUGGCUAUGUUGGAUUUGCACCACACCAUGACAGCACACCAGUCAGCUAACACGACCAAUAUCAUCGUCAUCAGCAGCCCCCUGGAGAUGACGUCACCUGCUCAUCUUAGCACUCACUCACCUGUCGACCGAACACCUGAGGAAGGGAGUCAUGGGACGGUGUACGCUCUGGGCCCGAUGUUUCGCAAAGGGGCUCGGGCGGGGGACGUGCGACCAGGUGACAUCUACAGACUCCUCCGCCACGCCCUUCACCUGCCCCCCGCCCCCCCUGGACCCUCUAACUACACCGGGGCAUCGCUGCAGGACUUCCUUCUCCCCCCCGCGGCGUCCUGUGGUGGUCGUGGUGGUGGUGGUGUGUGGAGUGGGGUGGUGGUGGGACUGUGGUGCUGGUGGUGGUGCUGGUGUUAGUGGUGGUGGUGAUGGUGGUGUGGGUGAUGGUGUUGGUGCUUGUGUGUGUGGUGAUUGGAGUGGUGUUGUGUGUGUGUGUGUGUGUGUGUGUGUGUGUGUGUGUGUGUGUGUGUGUGUUUUGUUUAUCUCUUUCCUUGUUCGAUUAUUUUCAUUCUUUUUCUUCUUUAAUAAUAGUGUAAUGAUAAAGAAAUAAU